AGAGGGCUGUUCCACUGCGCAGGGGCGGGGGUAGAGCGGCGGAGCGAGCGCGGCAGGCCGGAGCGUUUCGCGGAGAAGCGGGAGCCGGCCUGCGCGGCCUCUGCCCCUCCGUCUCUGUCGGCGGCGGGGCGGUAGGGGCGACAUGAGCACGCACUCCAUCUCCAAGGGCUGCUUUGUUUUUAAACCACCUUCCAAGAAGAGAAGGGUGCAUCAGGAAACAGCUAGCAAUUCCACAGAAAGAAAAAAUGAUUCAGAGGAUACUGAGUUGCGGUUUGCUUCUUGUCAGUCUUUAUGGGAUCAGAUCAAAUUGGAAACAGAGCAAAUACAGGAAGACUUGAAUAAGCAGUUACUUGAUAAUCUAGUAAGUUUUUUGAGACGGUCUCAUUCUGAGUUCCAAGAGAAGACAACAGAAUGGAGUUGUCAGAUGAAGUUCAGAGAAAUCCCUACCGCAGCUCUUGUCUUAGGUGUAAAUGUUACAGAUCAUGACAUGACUUUUAAAAGUCUUUCGGAAGUCCUUCAGGAUGACAUUACUCCUUAUGUAGCCUUGCUGGAAGCCAAAGAUUGCCCAGGUAUAAAAAAUCUGAUGCAGAAGCUGAUGGGGCAGCUUAUGAACUGCUGUAUAGAUAUAGAUGAGGACUCAUUCGAAGAUGACAGCCAUGUGCAGGUUCCCCAGAAUAAAAUACGUUGUUCAAUGACUUCUCUUAUCAACUGGUAUAAGAGUGUAACGAAGAAAACAGAUUCUGAAACUACGAGAAAAAAAAGAAAUUCCUCUUCUAGACACUGGCAAUCUCCUCCAGUUGUAGUUAUAUUCAAAGACAUGGAAAGUUUCACCACAAAAGUACUUCAAGACUUCAUAGUCAUCAGCAGUCAUCAUAUCCGUGAAUUACCUCUAGCGCUGAUUUUUGGAAUUGCUACAUCUCCAAUGAUUAUCCACAGCUUACUUCCUCACUCUGUUUCCUCUCUGCUGUGCAUAGAGCUUUUCCAGUCCCUUUCCUGUAAGGAGCACCUGUCUACUAUAAUUGACAAGCUGCUUCUGACAGCCUGGUGUCCAUUUAAACUGGGUGAGAAAGUUCUGAAGGUUCUCAUCAACAUAUUCUUGUACCAUGAUUUUUCUGUCCAGAAUUUUAUCAAAGGAUUUCAGCUCUGUGUUGUGGAGCACUUCUAUUCCCAGCCUCUUAGUAUACUGUGUUGCCAGCUGGUAGAUGCUAAGAAGAGAGUAAAUACUUUAUCGCAUGACCAGUGUGAAAACAUUCGAAGACUGCCCUCUUUUAGAAGAUACGUGGAAAGUCAAGUUUCAGAGAAACAGAUUGCACUGCUAACAUCAGACAGCUUCUUAAAGGAAGUAACGCAGAAGUUGCUGGAGGACUUGCAACUUUACCAUGAAAAUUAUGUUUCAGUUCUGAGAUGUCUUCAUGUUUUCACGUCUUCACUUCCAAAGUAUCCUUUGGGCAAGCAGAUCAGGGAGCUGCAUUGUGCAUGUUUGGAAAACCAAGUGUGGGAGACAGAGGAGUAUGAGUCAUCUCUUCAGCUAGCAAGGAUGUUGAAUAAGUCUGAUUUGGUAACCAUGCUUCAACAAUGUGUGGAAAUUUUUGUGUCAUCUUCUGGAAAGGAGUUUGAUAAGACAGUGGAGAAGUUGAAGGAGUUCUUGACCCAGUUUCAGGAACUAGAAGUAGCAGAAGCUUUCGAAGAAGAUGUGUCUGUAUCAUCAGAAAAGGAGCUUCAGAAGAAGACGGACCUUUACCAUCUUCAGAAGACUUUGUUGGAGUUGAAGGAAUCAAGGCGGUCUAAGAAACUGACAAAGUUUGAAAUGCUUCGUUUUGAAGUUGUUGACUAUAUAGACAGUCUUGUAAGAAAUUACCUUGUUCCUGCAGACCACAAGACUCUGUAUGAGGUAGUGUAUUUCAACACAGCCAGUGUUCUCCGUGGGCACUUGAAUGCUGCCCCAAGGACUGCACUUCAUACAGCCUUAAAUAACCCGUACUGCUACCUGAAGAAUCAAGCUUUGAAAAGUGAUGGAGGAAGCAUUUCUAAUAAAGCCCCUGACAUAUGCGUAGCAUAUAAGCUUCAUUUGGAGUGUGGCAGAUUGAUUAAUCUCGUUGAUUGGUUAGAGGAUCAGCUUCACUGAGACUUCCAGACUUCUGGCAAAGACUGCUUUCCAAAACUCAAAACACAUACAAAUCCAUGUGAUCAUGCCAGAGCUGCAAAGGAUCUCCACUCAGUACCUUCCUACUUCUGUUCAGCAUUUUGCCAAUACAAUACUCUAAGAACUCAACUAAUUUUCAGGCUUGUAAACAGUAUGCUAUUCAGCACUCAUACUUGAACAUUUUUCUAUUAAGCAACCAUGUGAAGCAAGUAAUCUGAGCUAGCAGCUUACUCAGUCAGUGGCUGAAGGCUAUGCUAGACCAAGCAAACAUUUGGCAAUUCAUAGUUCAGAGGUUUAACUACUGUCGUAGUUCUUCCAAUUUCCUAAGUCAGUCUGGGGGCUUCCAAUUUAUAAAAAGACAGCACACUUGUUUCCAGUCAACAGGAAUACCAACAUUUUCAGCAAAGGAGCUUCUUGUUUGGAUUCUGUCCAUUGAUUGAGGCCUUGUAGUUUAUACCUUUUCAGUACCAUGCCUACAGUGCUUGUACAAUUUUCAACUCUGUGAAGAAGCAGCAAAUGCAGAAGACAUAAUAAACACACACAGUAGGGAAAUGAGAGAAGGAAACUACGAGAAAGUGGGGAAAAAAGUGCUCAAGGGUGGCUGGAGGAUUCAUGCUUUUUGUAGGACAAGGUACAUACUAUAUUCCAGCAUGGUACGGAAACACCCAAAAUCAGGUUAAACCAAGAUGCAGUCAGGCUUCCAAAAUUAAAUAGAAUCCCAUGUGGAAUUUGUCAUUUGCACACACAGUGAAUCAGUUGGAGAAUGGCCCUGCAUUUUACUCAACAGCAUUACGGUGGUAAAAUAAUACUUUUCCUCAGACUCGAGUGCUGUUCUAGCUAAAGCAAUACUGCAUAAUUUUGAAUGGUAACCAAAUUAGCUCGUAAGAUAACAUCUGUCCUAAGGCAUGUCUACACUAUGAGAAAUGUGACUGUAAACAUUCACACUGUAUUUACAUUAACUGAAGAAUGUAACAGACCAUGCACAUGGUCCUGGGCAUACUUUCCAAAAUCUGUACCACCUGCAAAAACAUCAGCCAAAUUUCAGGUAUAACAACUUUGAUAAAAAUUGUCUCUGCAGCUCUCCAUUAUCUUUCUGCAGAAAUGUUCUCAUCAUUAAGAAAAAAAAAACAAAACUAACUAGAUUCUGGUCAACGGAUAAACCCGCAAGAGUUAAAACCACCAAUCAUCAUCCAGGUUACCUCCAGCCCUAAAACCCCCUGCAAAUUAAACAGGGAAUAAUUCAGUGAAAAUGUUAAAAUACCAGCCAGAACAGAUGGAGCAAAAGCAACACGAGGACAGGGAGAGACAUGGAGGGGAAGCAGAGAAAUCACGUACUGACUUUGGGGAAACAGUAACAACACGAACAGAAAAUUAAGAUGUACGCACCAAGGACAGAUGAUUCUAUUCCAAAUUAUAUUAAAUUGUGGACACAGAAGUAUGAGUGAUAUUACAGUAACUUAAUCUACUUCUGAUCUGGCAACACUUUAACUGGCCAUCUUCAAAUCCUGCUCUGAAAAGCAAAAAAUCUCAAGAAAUGCCACUGACAGAUACAUUGGGAGAUCCACUUAUGGUAAAGGUAAAAAACCAGCGAAGUAGGAUGGAGGAGGGGGCUAUUUCAACAUGACAGUACACUCUACAUUGCUAACAGGCACCAGGAGAAAAUGCCUGAAAUCUGUAGCCCUGACUGACUCAUUAAGCAUGUGCAUAACCUGGUUUGGUAAAUGCUAUCCCUCUAUUGAGUCUAACUUAGAAGAUUUAAGGCACUAUUACUCAGCACAGAGAACUGGACUACAAGCUCUACUCAGUACCAUGCCGCCAGCAGGCAAGAAGAUGACUCUGAAAGCGACUCAUCUUAUUCCUCCUGAUUUCCACCAUUUCUAAAAUGGAGAUUAACAGUCAAGAAACGCAAGUUUAACACUGCACCAAACUGUUCAAUGACUUCUCAUAUGAAUGAUCAGACUGGUAAUGCUUCAAAUCAAGCAGGCAUUUUUGCAGCAGCGAAGACCAAGUUGACAUUUUUAUUAACCUGCAGUGGCAUGAAAUCUUUGACUUUAAACAAAGCUAUUUCACUGUGAAGUGAAAUGUAAGCUUGCAAAUAUUUAUGACUGAUUUAAAAUGAAAAUCUGAAUGCCAAA